UAUCCCAAAAGCAUUCAUAAUCUUGUCAAUAAAAUGAAGGCCCAAAUCCUGGCUGUUUUGAGCGUUCUAUUCGCUCUUGCUCCCGCCGUACCCACUACGUCCAACAGCACUCAGAAUGUCACCGACAUCAUCAACAACAUCCCCCAGUCGCCCAAUGGAGUCCUGUUCCUCGGCAAUGACGGCGUCCUGAGAUCCGUCGACGCAGCCAAUCGGGUUGUCUCCUACCAGCAGUUGAGUCCGCAGCAAAUCAGCCAGUACAUCCAAAACCUGCCACAGCGGGAUGUGGCUCGUCUUCAAAGCGGGUUUCAAGGCGUUGACGGCCGCGAAGUCACGGACCUUGACCAGCUGCUCUACCCUGAUUCUGACCAACUACCAUCAAGGGCGCCCAGCAGCGUGUCCCAGUCACUUCCCACGGGUACUGGAAUGCAAAGCCAGGAAAUGUGCAGAACGGUCGACUGUACCUCGCAGAACACCUGUCGCCAGAAUGGAUGCAAUAGCUGUCUUCAGGCAUACCAGAUGUCCAAUGGCUACUGCCACUAGUUGAGGUUUCAGACCGUGGUACGGAGUGUUUCACUUGCUCACGCGUCGUGAAAGAUCCUGUUUCGCUCGUUUGUUUGGUUUUUACUGCGGGCUUGUAGUGCCUCUUGUCAAUGUUCGUCUGGGGUUGGCCAAUACCCGGGUGAUGGCAGUCAGCCUGCGCAAAAAUUGUGUUUUGAUUCUUUUGUGUCUAGUCUGUCCUUAAUUUAGCUUAUCGAAACAGGAAUAUAUGCAACUAAAACAGAG